GGACUAACAGAAGUGUCAUCAGUUGCAGUUGCGGUAAGGAGUUAAUAGACUUGUUCCUCCAAAACACUGAUUACUCCCACACAUCCAGUACUUACAGUACACACUAACAUACAUGCCUUCCAUUGUAGACUGAGCUUCUGACUGAUAAUGGCCUCUAGAAUAUGUGACAGUGUUCUGGUGACUGGAUCAAACCGUGGAAUUGGACUUGAGUUGGUUCGACAGUUGGUUGAUUCACCCUCGCCUCCAGUUCAGAUCUUUGCUGGUUGUAGAGACCCAAGUGGACCAAGAUCACAGGCUCUCCAGGAACUAGCUCAGAAGCACCGGGAUGUGAUCACGGUUGUCCAGCUUGACACAACUAGUCUUACUAGUAUUGCAGAGGCCUCAAAACUGGUGGAAACCAAGCUGAAGGGCAGAGGUCUGAAUUUGAUCAUCAACAAUGCUGGUGUGAACAUCCCAGGAUCCCUAGCUGAGACAGGAAUACAGGAGAUGGUGGCUGUGUACACAACCAAUGUUGUAGGCCCUAUGCUCAUCGUAAAGGAUUUCCAUCCCCUCCUGUGCAAGGCAGCAGCUCAGUUUCCUCAUCAAACAAACAUGUCUUGCAAUAGGUCAGCUAUCAUCAAUGUCUCCACACUGCUGUCAUCCAUCACCAGAUGCCCUGAGAAUUUCUCUGUGUCUCCAAUGUACCCCUAUCGGGUCAGCAAGGCAGCACUGAACAUGUUAACUCGCUGCUUGGCAGAAGAUUUAAAAAAAGAUGGCAUUCUUGUUAUGUCUCUCCAUCCAGGAUGGGUCCAGACAGAAAUGGGAGGCCCAAAGGCUCCCCUGACGACAGCUGAGAGCAUCAGCGGUCUGAUAAAAGUCAUUGCAAGAUGCACCGAGAAAGACAGUGGAACUCUUUUAGACUGGGAAGGCAAAAACAUCCCUUGGUGAUUCCGCCACUCAUCUUUUGUGUCUUUACACAUCUCAAGUUUGAUGUACUUCCACGUCUUUGUCUGUGGUUUGUCUGAGAAAAAUGUUUCUAGCAGCUAUAAGACAUGGUAUUUAUUUACAGGUACACAAAGUUUGUAAUACAACAAUGAAAAAUCAUAUUGUGAAGAUCUCAUAUAAAAACAUGAAAACAG